UGUUAAUGUGGUGGAGGAGCAAGACUGGCUAGCAGGAAUGUUUGACUAUCUUCGCUACCACUACUAAAUAACACUGAAUAAUGGGCCAGAACAGAAAGAAAGGGCCACCCCUCUCCAAAGAGGAGCUGCGCAUGCUCACUGUGGGAGAAAUAGUGCAAGAGUUAAUAAAAGCACAAAAGGAGCAGCGUGAUGUGAAUCUCAACAAGUUGAAGACACGUAUUUCAUCCAAAUAUGGGCUUCAAUCAUCACCAAGACUUGUGGAUAUUAUAGCUGCAGUACCGCAACAACAUAAGAAGGUCCUCCUCCCCAAACUCCGGGCAAAACCUGUCCGCACUGCUUCUGGGAUUGCAGUUGUAGCUGUUAUGUGCAAACCUCAUCGAUGCCCCCACAUCAAUAUGACCGGCAACAUAUGUGUCUACUGUCCAGGUGGACCAGAUUCUGACUUUGAAUAUUCGACACAGAGCUACACUGGGUAUGAACCCACAUCUAUGAGAGCUAUACGGGCAAGAUACAACCCAUACCUGCAAACUAGACACAGAGUGGAACAGCUCCAGCAGCUGGGUCACAGUUUUUACAAAGGGGAAUUUUUUUGGAGGGUUGAGGGCUUUUUAGGUAUUACAAUUGAAACACGUCCGGACUACUGUUUAAAGCGCCACCUCUCAGACAUGCUUAAGUAUGGUUGCACAAGACUAGAAAUUGGUGUUCAGUCUGUAUAUGAAGAUGUAGCUAGGGAUACUAAUAGAGGGCACACAGUGAGAGCAGUGAGUGAGAGUUUUCACUAUUCAAAAGAUGCUGGAUUUAAAGUGGUUUCUCACAUGAUGCCUGACCUGCCCAAUGUUGACUAUGAGAGAGAUUGUGAGCAGUUUAUUGAAUUUUUUGAAAACCCAGCUUUCAGACCAGAUGGUCUGAAAAUCUACCCAACCUUGGUUAUUCGUGGCACAGGUCUGUAUGAGCUGUGGAAGACUGGACGCUAUAAGAGCUACCCUCCAAAUACCCUGGUUGACUUAGUAGCUACAAUACUCUCACUUGUACCUCCUUGGGUUCGUGUAUAUAGAGUACAAAGGGACAUCCCCAUGCCUUUGGUGAGUUCUGGUGUCGAGCAUGGAAACCUAAGAGAGCUUGCUCUAGCUCGAAUGAAAGAUUUAGGUACAGAGUGCCGAGAUGUUCGCACUCGUGAAGUUGGUAUCCAAGAAAUCCAUCACAAAGUUCGUCCAUAUGAGGUGGAAUUGAUCAGACGUGAUUAUGUAGCAAAUGGUGGCUGGGAAACCUUCCUUUCAUAUGAAGACCCAGAGCAAGACAUCUUAGUUGGACUACUCCGCUUAAGGAAGUGCUCAGAUCAAACUUUCAGGCCUGAGUUGGUGAACGGAGUGUCAAUAGUACGUGAGCUACAUGUGUAUGGUUCAGUAGUUCCAGUGAGUUCUCGUGACCCAACCAAGUUUCAGCAUCAAGGCUUUGGCAUGUUGUUAAUGGAAGAAGCUGAGAGGAUUGCUAAGGAAGAACAUGGAUCUCACAAGAUUUCUGUAAUCUCAGGCAUUGGUACUCGCAACUAUUAUCGAAAACUUGGUUAUGAACUUGAAGGGCCAUAUAUGUCUAAAUUCCUUGUCUACUAAUAUGAAAAAUGUUGCAUCAUUACUAUUACCUCCACUGGUUGAAUUACAUUUGUAUAAAUAUAUAACUGGUAUAUACAAGUUUUUUGUAAUGUUUUUCUUGGAUAACUGUGGCAGUAAAUAAUAAAAUAUAACCACAGUAGUGCUGUACUGAUACAUAGCAUUGCAGUGCUGCAGAUGUUUCAUUAUUUCCAGCUGCUACAUGUUCCAUAAUGUUGUGUUUAUAUUAUUUUUAUUGCACUGCUUACCCUUGAGGCUAACAAAAUCAUAAAGCAUAUUGAUAUUUGAACUUUCCAAUGAAGUUUGUUAAAUAAUGAUCUAAGAGUUUGAAAGUGCAAAACCUAUAACUGCCUAUACAGCAGCUUAAAUAUGAAAUAUCAAAGUUGUAAUACCACCUUAAAAAAAUCUGCACUUUAAACGUGCUUUUGGAACACUGUCUUAUUACUGUAGCACAAUUUAUAUCAAUCAUCCAAGUACAGUGGACCCUCAGCUAACAAUAUUAAUCCGUUCCUGAAAGCUCAUCAUAUGCUGAAAUUAUUGUUAGCUGAAUUAAUUUUCCCCAUAAGAAAUAAUGGAAAUCAAAUUAAUCUGUGCAAGACACCCCAAAGUAUGAAAAAAAAAAAUUUACAUGAAAUAUUAAUUUUAAUACACACAAACUGACACUUACCUUUAUUGAAGAUCUGGUGAUGAUUGAUGGGAUGGGAGGAGGGAAGAGUGUGGAAGUUGUUAAUGUUUAGAAGGGGAAUCCCCUUCCAUUAGGACUUGAGGUAGCAAGUCCUUUUCCGGGGUUACUUCCCUUCUUUUAAUGCCACUAGGACCAGCUUGAGUCACUGGACCUCUGUCGCACAACAUAUCUGUCGAUAGAGGCCCCUCAAGGAAGGUUCCUUGAUGCUGGUGAGGGGCUCUUGAUCUAGGGAACUGGAUCUGUGCUCCAGUUCCCUGAAUUAAGCCUGAAUACCUUCCAUCCCUCCCCCAAGCACUGUAUAAUCCUAUGGGUUUAAUGCUUCUCCCUUGAUUAUGAUAAUAAUAAUGUCCAUAGAGGCCUGUACCUCCCAUUCCUUUAUGAUUUAUCUAAAGUGGUUCACAGCAUUGUCAUUGUAAUAGUCACCAGCAUGGCUUGCAAUAGCUGUGUGAGGGUGAUUUUCAUCUAUAAAGGUUUGCACUUCAAGCCACUUUGCACACAUUUCCUUAAUCUUUGAAGUAGGCAACUUCUUCAAUUUCUCUCUCCCCUCCUCCGAAGCAGUUUCCUCAGGUCUGGUCUCUUGCUGUUGAAGAUGAUCUUGCAGCUCAUCAGUGGUUAGUUCUUCAUUGUCCUCCUCCACCAACUCUUCCACAUCCUCCCCACUAACCUCCAACCCCAAGGACUUCCCCAAUGCCACAAUUGAUUCCACAACUGGCAUACACUUCUCAGGGUUAGCCUCAAAUCCUUCAAAAUCCCUUUUGUCUACACAUUCUGGCCACAGCUUCUUCCAAGCAGAGUUCAAGGUCCUCUUAGUCACUCCCUCCCAAGCCUUACCUAUAAGGUUUACACAAUUGAGGAUGCUAAAGUGAUCUCUCCAAAACUCUCAGAGUCAAUCGAGUGUUUGUGGUCACUACAAAGCACUUUUGAAACAUAGCUUUUCUGUAGAGUUUUUUGAAGUUUGAAAUGACCUGCUGGUCCAUGGGCUGCAGGAGAGUAGUAGUAUUAGCAGGCAAAAACUUGACCUUAAUGAAGCUCAUGUCCCCAGAAAAUCACUGCCAAGUCUGAAGGAUGACCAGGAGCAUUGUCUAAUACCAGGAGGCACUUAAGGUCCAAUUUAUUUUCCAGGAGGUAAUUUUUCACAGUGGGGGCAAAUGCAUGGUGUAACCAGUCGUAGAAAAGGUCUCUAGUGACCCAUGCCUUACUGUUUGCCUUCCACAUCACACACAAAUUAGCCUUGAGGACAUUCUUUCUCCUGAACACUCUGGGAGUUUCAGAGUGAUACACCAAUAAAGGCUUCACUUUGCAGUCACCACUAGCAUUAGCACACAUCAAGAGAGUAAGCCUGUCUUUCAUAGGCUUAUGUCCUGGGAGUGCCUUUUCCUCCUGUGUAAUGUAGGUCCUGUUUGGCAUUUUCUUCCAAAACAGGCCUGUUUUGUCGCACUUAAACACUUGUUCAGGUUUCAAGUCUUCACUGUCUAUGUAAUCCUUGAAUUCCUUCGCAUAUUUUUCAGCUGCUUUUUGGUCCGAACUUGCAGCCUCGCCAUGCCUUAUCACACUAUGUAUGCCACUACGAUUCUUAAAUCUCUCAAACCAACCUUUGCUGGCCUUAAAUUCACUCACAUCACCACUAGUUGCAGGCAUUUUUCUAAUUAAAUCCUCAUGCAACUUCCUAGCCUUUUCACAUAUGAUCGCUUGAGAGAUGCUAUCUCCUGCUAUCUGUUUUUCGUUUAUCCACACCAAUAACAGUCUCUCAACAUCUUCUAUCACUUGCGAUCUCUUAUUCGAAAACAAAGUUGCACCUUUUGCAAGAACAGCUUCCUUGAUUGUCAUUUUCUUGGCCACAAUAGUAGCGAUGGUUGAUUGGGGUUUGGUAUACAACCUGGCCAGCUCAGACACACACACUCCACUUUCGUACUUAGCAAUUAUCUCUUUCUUCAUAUCCAUAGUAAUUCUCACCCUUUUUCCUGCAGGGUUGACACUAAAAGCUUUCUUGGGGCCCAUGGCGACUUAUUUUGCAGGUACAAUCACUAAAAACGCCGUGAUAAUAUGAAAUGUUCCGAUUGCGUGGAUGCGACUGCACUAGCUGGCUUGUAAACACUGGCACCCACGGGACAACUGAGGCAUGCUCAGGCCACACGUGGACGAGUCUCGAAUGAAUCACGUAGGGCGAGUUUUUUAGCAUUAGCUGAGGCAAAAUUUUUGCGUUAAAAUGUAUCGGAUGCUGGAUUUAACGUAAGGUGAUGCCAUCGUUAGCUGAGGGUCCACUGUAUAGUUGUAACACAGGCAGAAUUUUAAUUUGACUCUACACCUACCAUCCGAUUUAUGACCUGCUCGACUUAUGACCGUGUUUUUUAUGCCAAAUUUCUGGGAAAUAAACAACUAUUUAUGUUGUACACAGUGUUUAUCAUAAACCUUACAGUAUAAAAUACAGUGCUAACAACAUAAAAAGUAAAGUAAAACAUGAAAUACCAAAAUAAAACAAUAAAAUAAAGUCAUUACAAAAAUGUUUUGUUGAUAUUCAGUAGUAAUGUUCAACUUACGACCAUUUCGACUUACGACCGGUUUCUCGGAACCGAACUCGGUCGUAAGUCGGAUGGUAGGUGUAUUAUCAAACCUUCACACAGUGUUAAUGUCAAGUGAAACAUUAAUGAAAGUCAUUAUAGUUUGUCAUGUUUUUAGUUUGCCCCUGAACAAGUGUAUAAUGAUGGACAGGGAGGUGACAUUAUAUCAUUCAUAGCUUGAUCUUCAAGGAAACACCAAAUUUUAUAACAUUUUAUUUUAGUAAAUAAAUGUUAAUACAUACA